AUGGCUCCUCACUCGUCGGUCCUUUCCUUGGCCUUGCUGCUCUUGCAAUGGACGGCCGUCGCCUUGGCCGUUCUGCCGACGCAAAUCGAACCCAAGGUCCUCUUCAUCGUCACCUCCAAGACUCCGACGCAGAUCUGGGCCGCCGGCGGGCUUCGUCCCGACGGCUUGGACGACGGCACCAUUAAGGAUUUCGUGAAAGGGGGCAAGAACCUCCCCUACGCCGAGGCGACGGGCGAUCGGGAGUUUGCCGAAGCCGUUCAGCGCAAGACGCCCGGAUCGGUUCUCGUCAAGGUCAGGGCCGCCGGCAACGCCGUCAAGGUUGUCGAAUCGCUUUCGUGGGACCCCGACUUUCUCCAGAGACACAAGCCGGCCGUCCCGGACUGGUGGGUCUUCCUCCUCGGCGCCGUCACGGCCCAGAUAAUAGACUACACCCAGGCGGACGGGACGGUGGUGAAGAAUGCCUUUUACGACGCGACGCUCGACAAUGCCGAGCCGGGCGGCGCGAAUUGGGUUCUCGGAGGGCAACCCCCCGACAGAUACAUGAACUUUGGAGCCUAUGUGCACCAAUGGAUGGACGCACGGGCGCAGCGGGCGUUGGGAUGGACGGGCAAGACGCCGUUGAUACGCCCGCCGCCCGAGAUGAAAAAGUACGACGAGGCGAGGAAGCUGGGCAAGAUGACGGACAACCAGUACGUCAUCAACGCCGUCGACAUGGUCACGGCCUUGGGCACCGGCCUCGCUCUCGGCGCCGGCACGACGACGGUCGGCCUCAUGGCGGCAAAGGCCGCCCUCGCACCCGCCGGCGCCGGCGCCGUGGGCUCUGCCGCCGCCGCAGGCCAUGCCGCCGCGGGCGCCGCCGCGGGCUCUGCUGGCGUCGCCGGCGGCGCGGCCGAGGCCGGAUUGAGUGGUGGUGCCGUGAGAUGGUCUUAUUCGGAAUCCAUCAACUCGGAUACGGCGAGAUUGAUCGCCUCGGACGCGGAAGAAGAGCAAGAAGCCGCGAGUGCGUCUCGUUCGAGUUCGUCGCAAAGUUUCAAGUCGGCAUCCACAGUCAUGACGGAACUUUCUGCCGAGCUGGACGGUGCCCAAGUGGCAACCGAAGGCAUCGCCGACAACCUGCAGGCGGUGGCCGAGUAUCUGGUGGAUCACGGCUCCGACGACCUGCAGGCCGUGGCCGAGUAUCUGGUGGAUUACGGCCCCGACAACUACGUCGCCGCGCCGGAUGCUCCCACCACCCUCUUGGUGGCGGAGCGCCGCCCUCAUAACGUCGUCCCCUCCAGUCCCAUGGCGAUGGUGAGGAGACUGUUCAAACCGGUUCGCGAAAAGGUAAGAAACCGCCGACGAGAGGUGAACAAGGUCGACAGGCGGAGCGAGGAGGAUCAAGCCAGGUUGAAUGCCGAGGAAUUGGCCGUGGUUGGAGAAGUUUUGGAGCAGAUCAUGGUGGAGGGUGUUCGUUUCUCCUUUAAGCAGGCACCCGGCGCCAUGGGGCUGUAG